CUGUAUAACUGUACUGUGAGUCAGUAGUCAGUCACAUUCCUGUGGACAACUUCUACCCUGCAGCAUCUUCUUCAUCAUCAUCAUCAUCAUCAUCACCAUGAAGGGAGCAAGUGAAGUCAAACCCAUGGAAGCUCAUAGAAAGCUUUCAAAGCCGUUGGUGGAGAAAAGGCGACGGGAGAGGAUAAAUAACAGCCUGGAGAAGCUGAGAAUUUUCCUAUCUCAAACCCUGAAAAGUGAGAAACUAAAGAAUCCGAAGGUGGAGAAGACUGAGAUUCUGGAGUGCACGGUCAAGUUUCUCCAGUCCAGAAAACUUCUCCCACUGGAUGGAGAAGCUGAGGAUAAAGAGUACCAAUCAGGGUUCCAGCAUUGCCUAGAGACAAUCUUGCAUUUCAUGAACUCCAAACCUGACAUGAAUGGUGUGACCAAUGAGUUCCUCUCCCACCAGCUGUCCUCCUAUAAGCCAUCUCCAAACACCUGGAGUCCCACCUGUGCUCCACUGACAAAACACAAGCCUUCUCUUGGCUUUCAAGACUCAGUAUCACAUUUAGCUUCUAACAGCAUCUCCGUCAGCCCUACAAAGACUCUGGUUGACAGUCCCUUCUCUCACCAAACCUUCAACACCUGGAGACCCUGGGUAUGAUAACUUUUUACCCUUGAAUGGUGAAAGAAUAGCCACAAGGCUAGAAUUAUGCUCUACCUUGAAUGUUCAAGCAACCUUGGAUGUUACAGAGGGGACUUUUUUUAAGGAAACAUUUUUUGUAUGACAUCAAAAUCUGCAGAACUAUUUAGCAGAACACAAAGCUCUUGAGAUACAAUGUAUCUGUGUGUGUAUAUACAGUGUGAAUAUAGGGGUUAGGACCUGGACUUUUAUUUUACUGAAGCGCCAUUUGAGCACAUUACAUACGUAUACAUUGGAGACUUCUGUGUCCCUAUAUAUAUAUAUCAGGUAUAUAAUGUAUAGAUUAUUGUGUAUUUUGCAUCUGUAGCUUGUGUCACGCAGGCUCGGAGGAGAAGGAAUCCUGAAAAGGAGCAGAUAUGCCCAAAUUAUGCAUUUUACAUGUAAACUUCUGUAAAGGGAAUGAGUUUUUCUCACACUUUAUGUAAAUAGUAUGUGUAUAUUUAUUCCUCUGUCACUUGCUUUAUAAUAUUGAUUUCAUCCUGUAAAUAAAACCUUAUUUGUCCUGAA